AUGACAGUACCCACCCGCGCACAGCGCAUCGCAUCCAUCGCCAAGCACACCGCAGCCAUCAUAGAACUCACGGCUCAAUCCUCCACCACGGACGAGAAACUCCAAGAGAUCGAAAACCGGCUCGCAUACUUGCAAGAAGAAUUACAGCCCAUGUCAGACUCCGCAGCGUCGGGAAAGAAGAAGAAAGGAGGAGACGCUGGAAUAGCGGCUAGCGGGGGGGCUUUGGAGAACGCGAACGCGGUGAGGGAGGUGAAAGGCAGUCGAGAGGAUGGAGGGGAUGAGAAGAACAAAGGAGAGCAGGGGACGAAGAGAAAAAGGAGGAAGAAGAGGAUGAAGGGGAAGGGAAAGAAGGAGGCUCAGAGUUUACACAGCGCUGCGAUCAACAUCAACCAAAGCAGAAACGGCAUGCAAGCAGGAACAAAUGAUGGGGACGAUGAGAUGGAUAUUGAUUGA